AUGGCAGAGAGUGCUAUAUCUUAUUUGAUACAUCAGCUUUCAACAUUGCUCAAUUGCGGACAAAAAUUUCUUGAUGGAAUUCAGCAAGAAAUUGUUCAUAUCAGGGAUGCAUUUGAACAAAUGAGGACUUUCUCAAGAGUAGCUGAUGCUAAAGAAGAAGAAGAUGGUGAAUUACAAGUAUGGAUCAAGCAAGUACUAGACCUUGCACAUGAUGUCCAAGACAUUCUUGAAAAUCAUAUUGUCAUGUGCAACAGUUUUCCAGAAAAGGUAUCAUGGCCAUGGAGAAAAUUCCAUCAUUCAUUAAUGUCUGAGAAGUUAUUUGAAGCUCAAAAUGAUAAUAUUUUAAAAGCAUUGGAAAGUAUAAAGGCCCGAAUCAUCGUCAUUUCUGAAGGACAUAAAACGUUUCUUCAGAAAUAUGGUGUUAUAACAAGUGCAGAAAGUAGCAACAUUACAUGGUGUAAUAACCAUGAAGAAGUACUUCUUGUUGAUGAUGCAGAUCUUAUAGGUGUUGAAAAUCAUAAAUCAGUACUACUCGAGUGGGUUCUUUCUGAUGAUCCAGAAUGGAAAUUGCUUUGUGUAGUUGGAACAAGAGGUAUAGGGAAAACCACCCUAGUCAAGAAAAUCUUUGAUGAUGCAACAGUCAACAAGCAUUUCAAUCAUCAUACUCUGUGGAUUGAUAUUCCAAAAUUUUCUGAUGUUAAGGAGCUAUUCACGAGCAUGCUUGAUCCACAAGAUGACCAUUCCCGUCGAGCACUUGAAGCCAUGGAUGCUAACAUGUUGGCACAAUUCCUUCAACUAUUCUUUAAGUCAUCAAGGUACUUAAUUGUCCUUGAUGAUUUCCCUGAUAUUGGCACCUGGAGAGCUCUCAAAUGUGCAUUUCCUAGAGAAAGCUGUGGCAGCAGGAUUAUCAUCAUAUCUCGUUUUGCUGAUAUAUGCCAUACCAUUUGUGUGGAAACUGAUGUUGGUAGUCAUGUUUAUAAUUUGAAGCCUUUGGCUGAAGAAGAAUCUUGGAUUCUUUUCUGCAGAAAGGCAUUUUCAGGCAGCCUAUUAUGUCCUUCAUCCUUAAUGCAAAUCUCCAAAGACAUUAUACAGAAAUGCAGAGGUCUGCCACUGGUGAUUUUGGUGAUUGCUGGUGCUUUGGCUACUAAAGGGAAAAGAAAAGAGGCAUGGGAGAUGUUCUAUGACAGCCUUGUUGACAAGUUACAAGGUAGUUAUAGUGAAGCCGAGCACAUGAAAAGGAUACUCAAUCUAUGUUAUCAAGACUUGCCUUUCUAUCUCAAGUCUUGUUUCACUUAUCUGAGCAUAAUUCCAAGAUAUCAUGUCAUCGAUAAGAUGAGACUGACUCGACUCUGGGCAGCAGAAGGACUUGUUCUUGAAAGAGAAGGAAAGGCAAUUGCACAAGUUGCUGGAAGCUAUCUCAAUGAACUUGCAAACAGAAGCUUGAUCCAAGUUGCUAAAAAAUACCCUGAUGGAAGGUUAGCAAUAUUCAGCAUUCAUAACCUGUGGUAUGAAAUCAUUCUUUCUAAGUCAAGGGAAAGUGCCAUGGUAACUAUAGCUAAUGGGGAAGAAAGAAGGCCUCACAAAGUCAGACAUCUGGUAAUCACUGAUGAAUUGGCAAACGAUAUACAAAAUAUUGAUCGGUUUAAGCAUCUUCACUCACUAAUAACGUUCGGUUCACCAGAUUCUGUCACUAGUUCAUUCUUGUUGAAGCUGUUAUGUGGAAGUUUCAAGCUACUCAAGGUCUUAGACUUGACACAAGCCCCAUUGGUAAAAAUACCAAAAGUAGUCUUUGAACUAGUACAUCUCAAGUUUUUGAACUUAAAGAGCACUAAGAUAAAACAUCUCCCAGGAUCAAUACAGAAGCUUGUGAACCUCGAGUUCUUGGACCUAAGGGAGACAUCAGUAAACAAAUUGCCUGUUGAGAUUCCAAGGCUUCAACAUCUUCGCCAUGUCCUCAUUUAUCGACGUGGUGCUGGUUUUUUGCAUGGUUUUUCAGCUACUGAGAACAUAGAAACCCUUGCGUCCUUAGAAGUGGUGACUCUUAUAAAUGCCACUACAAGCACAGUGAUUGAAUUGGGAAAGUUAACAAGACUAAGAAAGUUAGAGAUCGCGAAGCUGAGAAGAAAACACACAAGGGAUCUUUGUUCUUCCCUUGACAAGUUGAUCAAUCUUGAACAACUAUCUAUCUCAUCUUAUGGGGUGAGUGACAUUAUUGAUUUGCACUAUCCCCUUCGUUCUACGCACUCAUCCCUUCGAACAUUAACCUUCGAAGGGCGUUUGGAGAGGCUUCCAAUAUGGGUAACAUCUCUUGAAGCCUUGGCCACAGUUCAUUUAAAAUUGAGCAAGUUAGAGGACAAUGCACUAGAAACUCUUCAAGAUUUGCCCAACCUUGUAAACCUUGUGCUAGACUCGGCUUAUGAGGGCGAAGAGUUGAGGUUCGGGGCAGGCGGAUUCAAGAAACUGCGAGAAUUAUAUAUUUGGCACUGCAGGAAAUUGAGAAUAAUUAAAGUGGAAGAAGGAGCAAUGCCUUCUCUUGAGGAGCUUCAACUGCGCAACUGUAUGGUAAUGAAGGAGUUUCCGUUUGGGAUUGAGCAUUUAAGCAAGCUUCAACGUCUUGUGUUGCAAAAUGUUUCUGAAAAGAUGUUGAUGACUUUGCAGCUUGAGGACAGUCAAAGUGGGGAUUACUGGAAAAUUGCUAAUAUUCCUAGAGUUCAGAUAGUAGACUUGUAG